ACUGCGCUGCCCAAAGCUCACCAGAAGCUCAUCACAUCUCACCAAUAGUGACGUUAUUGACAGCAAGGAUGCGUAUCCUGAUCCCCGCCAUGUUGAUCUUGUCGGCCAUGUUGCUGUGCGCUGCGCAAGCACAGUACCCUCGCCCGCGUCGCCCCGAGCGCUUCGACACCGCCGAGCAGAUCUCCAACUAUCUCAAGGAACUGCAAGAGUACUACUCCGUGCAUGGCAGGGGCAGAUAUGGAAAACGUCAGAUGCACAUAUCAGAUGCCUCCGUCAUCUUCAGGGAAAGUCCGUUUUUCGAGCACGCGAUGAAUGAAGGACUCUUCAAGAACCUCGGAUAUAAAUAAACUAACAAACGUCGACUAAACAACAUAAAUUACCUAAGAUGAUGCCAAAUUAUACCUACCCUACUAUACUUGUUUGUUUUUUUAUUUUGUUUUUAAAUUCCAAUGUAAUUAUAAUUUCAUGUAUCUAAUAUUACGAUAACAA